UAUGGCGGCUGUGUUGGACAAAUCAUUUCAGUUUAAUUAAGUUCCUAAACAUACAUAUUCUCUGGGAUAGUGCAGGCAUUUGUGAUUUUACUGACUUGUAAUUUAAGCGUUUAUAGAUUGGCUAGCGAAAAUAGCCCAAGCGAGCUCCGGAGGUUACCGUUGAGAGCCGUAACUAAGGCAACGACAAAUGAUGUGACUCGCGGGAGAGUAAACGUUAAAAAAGAAGCCAAACUAUCCCCUGAGUUUUUAUGCUUAAGUUCAAAAUUUCCGCUGUGGAGUAUGGAGAAACAUAACCUGGGAAAAGAAAGACUCAUAGUACCCACUGAUUUCACCUCAUCAGCGGUUUCAAGAAAUGUCCAGGAGGACCUGGUACCCCCAUCGCAUUUUGCAUCGAGUGUCAAAUCUGCUGGAGCACACAGAGGCAUUCAAAGCACUGGGACACCGCCACCCAUGUCCUGGAUAAACCCAGGUGUAACAUCAAUACCAUCAGGGGAUCCCAGUCCUGCCAAUCCAUGGCUCGCCAUCACUCAGGCCCAACAGGAAAUCUUAGAGCUGAGGAUGGAAAAUCAGCAGAUUAUGAUGUUACAAGAAAACAGUAUAAGAGGAAGGAUCCCUGUAGAUCAUCUGUCAGAUCUUAGGGCAAGAUCUGCUGAGAGAAAUGAGCAGUGGUCAAGAUGGGAGUCAGAGUGGCGUCUGGAGGCAGAGAAACACAAGGCUGAAGCUGAAAGGUUUAAGGGGCAAGUGGAGGCCUUGCAGGAGAGUGCAGGGAGACACAGAGAAGAGCUCAGAGACAGAGACAGCACUGUGAACAGACACAGCCAUGAGUUGGAAGCAAUUCGUGAGGAACUAUAUAAGGCAAAGACUGAACUCAGUCAAAUCAGAGAAGAGCUCAUUCACAGCAGUGUGCAGAAGGAGAAGAUAAGCUCACAGCUUGAAAGACUAAAGACAGAGUCUGAUGAAGAAAUUAAAAGGCUGAGGAGAGAUGUAGAGAGGAGGAAAGAGGAAACCCAGGAGCUUGCUCUGAAGGCUGAAAUGGGCAGAUUACAGGCUGAGGAGGAGGCCAAACAGCAGUCUCUCAGACUGUCAGAACAUUUAGAGGAAAAGCAGAGGAAGCAGGAGGUGGAGCUGCAACAGUUGAAUGCUUCCCACUCUGCAGAGUUGGCUGCAACAAGAAAAACAAACAGUGAACUACAGGACAGACUUCAAUCAAUGACCUCAGAAGUGCUGCAGCUAAAAGGCACUCUGAUGGAGGUAUCUACCGAGAGAGAUGGGCUGAAAGAACAUUUAAGCCAAAUGGGACAAGCUUUUGAGACACAAUCUGCAACACUGCACAGCCUCAGAAAUUACAUCGGCCAGCUUGCCCCAGAGAAAAGAGAGAAGGAACAAUUAAAUGAAGCUGUUGAGAGGCUGAACAAAGAAAAAGCAGCUCUUCAGAAGACCACAGAACUUUUGACAAUCAGACUAAACUCUGUGAAUGAGAUACUUGCCCUCCAGGAAGAGAAAAUAGUAAAGAAGACCUCGGCAAACCCACUUGUGAGAAAUGGAUCUGAAGGCCUUCAAUUGAUUCAGCUCUGGAGAGAAAAAGUUUUCAAGUUAUGCAUUCAUCUACGCUCAAAGGACAUUGAAUUAAGAGGAGAAAAGGAUGAACUCCUUUCAAAAUUCAGAUUCAUGGAGCAGCAGCUCCAGCAGGAGCAGCACCGAGCUAGUGUCCUCCAGCACAGUCUAGAUAACAGGAUAGCUGAGCUGGACCUGGAGAGAGUGGAAAAGGAGACAUUGAAACAGGACUUGGCCCAGGCUCACAAGGAAAAUUCUCAGCUAAAGUCACAGAGGCAGAAAUCGGAAGUGGAUCUUAAAAUCCUGACAGAGGCAGUGCGCAGGUUCAGUCUGGCAUUUGAAAACAAGGUGGCAGAGGUGGACAAAGCUCAAUCAAGGUUCAACACUUUUACCCAGCGGCUAACUUUUGCUAAAAGACAAGUGGAGACAAUCCAAGGUUUGAUCAUGAGGAAAGUGGCUCUGCAGAAGGUUCAGCAGACCAGUAAACAGACAAAACAGGCUACUCACAGCAUCACAAACCUCCAGACAGAGCUUAGUUUGGUGUGUGAAGAGAGAGACAAGCUCACACAGGAGCUCAAAAGAACCCCGGAGCUCAUCGAGAAAGCUUUGGCUGAUCUGAAAGAACAAUAUGAAAGCAAACAGAGGCAGCAACAGCAGGAGCUGGAGCAUAGCUGGGUGGAGGUCCGACAGGCUGUUGCUGGCAGAGAGAAGGCCGAGCAGACCCUGCAGCAGAUCAAGGCCCAGCUAGAGGAGACCAAGGUCAACCUGGAAAAACUCCGCUCUGAGCUGCUCAUCCAGCAGGAACACAGCGAGCAGGCCCGGCAGGAGAGGGUGUCUGAGAUUGAGGACCGCUGUGCUGAGAAACUGAGAGAGAUGGAGGUUCAAGUCAAUAUGGCCAGGAGAGAGCACACCAAAGCAGUUAUGACUUUGCGGCAGUUUGAGAAAGAAGCAGCAAGGAAACAUGAGAUGAGAGAAACUCAAUAUUUGGGGAGGGCACACACAAAGAGGGAAGUUGAGAAUAAGCAACUGAAGGAGACAGAAGAGGACGAAAACCUGCUGCUGGCCACUGUUGCUGAACGAGGGCUGAUGAGUGGGUAUCCAAGAGUUUACACAAGAGCUCCACAAAACUCUGCUGCUCCCAGGGAACAACAACAAAAACCUUUAGAGAGGAGUCGCUCUGUAGGGGCAAAAGCACCUGCAGACGAGAAACUCCUGUCUGUUUUGGAAGAGCUCCACACUCUCAGUGCUGCAGUGGUAAACAGUUCUGAGGACUCAGCGGAGGAGGAGGGACAGACUAACAGCGUGAGACCGUCCACAGGCAGUCUGCACAGCUGAUACCUGAAGAUGAAUCACUGGAGGCAGUGAAAACCCCUUUAAUUUGUACAAAAGGUUGGUAGUGUUGAUGAUUUAGGAGCCAUGAAAACAAAGUCAGUGGAAACAGUUUGAGCCAAACAUCAGAAAAACAUGCAUGUUACAUUGCUAGUGGGCGUAUCAGAAGAAUAAUAGUGAUCUAGUGCAGACACAGUAUACAUAAAUUUAACACAAAUGUAAAUUCAGGUUCAUAAAAUACUUUCAAUACCUCUUCUGCAUCUGUCUGCAGGAUGACAUUUAAUUACAGACAAUACUGUAAAUACAUUAAUGGACAAAGAAUUUAACUCAAUCAACAUAUUUUAUCUGUUUGAGAAAUCUCCACAAGCUCUCCUUAACCAAAGUGAAAUGAAAGAUUUAGAUGUUUAUGUUCACAAUAUGGUUUUUCAUUCUCUUGCUUGGACUAAAUCACCUCACUUAUUAGACCACGUUCCACACUUUCACUGUCUUUUAACUAUUUUUGAAUGAUAUUAAAAAUCAUAAACUUG